CUUGUUUGGCAGUCUGCUAGUUUUGUUUGACGAGCGAGCAUCAAAGUGGUCGUCAUGCUCCGCGCACUGACUUCCACCUUCAUUCCACGCGGGGGAGCAGCGUCGUGGCGCCGCUACUCGGCCGCCGCCAUUCCCGCUCCCAACACCCGGCCGGAAGUGCACUUUAACAAGCUGUUCAUCAACAACCGAUGGCAAGAUGCAGAAAGUGGAAAAAGUUUCCCCACAAUCAACCCAGCGACGGGGGAGAUCAUCUGCCAUGUGGCUGAGGCCAGUGAGGUUGAUGUUGACAAGGCAGUGAAGGCAGCACGGGAUGCCUUCCGGCUGGGGUCGCCAUGGAGACGGAUGGAUGCCUCCCAUCGCGGCCUUCUUCUCAGCCGCUUGGCAGAUGCCAUCGAGAAGGAUGCUGCCUACCUGGCGGAGUUGGAGACCCUGGACAACGGCAAGCCCUACGCCGUCUCUUACACCGUGGAUGUGCCCAACGUGGUGAAGUGUCUCAGGUACUACGCAGGCUGGGCUGACAAGUGGGAAGGAAAGACCAUCCCCAUUGACGGAGAUUACUUCUGCUACACCAGACAUGAACCUGUUGGAGUGUGUGGACAGAUCAUACCGUGGAACUUCCCCCUCUUGAUGCAGGCAUGGAAACUUGGUCCUGCUCUUGCAACAGGCAACACUGUGGUGAUGAAAGUGGCUGAGCAGACGCCUCUCACUGCCCUCUAUGUGGCACACCUCAUCCAGCAGGUGGGCUUCCCUGAAGGUGUGGUCAACGUGUUGCCAGGCAUGGGGCCCACAGCUGGAGCUGCCAUUGCCAGACACAUGGAUGUGGACAAGGUGGCCUUCACAGGCUCCACUGAGGUGGGUCAUCUCAUCCAGAAGGCGUCAGGUGACAGCAACUUGAAGAAGGUCACUCUGGAGCUGGGAGGGAAGUCUCCCAACAUCAUCAUGUCUGAUGCCAACUUGGAGGAUGCGGUGGAACAGUCGCACUUUGCACUCUUCUUCAACCAAGGCCAGUGUUGUUGUGCAGGAUCACGCACCUUCGUGCAGGCUGACAUCUACCAGGACUUUGUGCAGCGCAGUGCUGAGAGAGCACGCUCUCGUGUGGUCGGUAACCCCUUUGACCUCACCACUGAGCAGGGACCCCAGGUGGAUGAGGAACAGUUCCAGAAGAUUCUGGGUUACAUCAGAGUUGGGAAGAGUGAAGGAGCCCGGCUGGUGUGUGGAGGAGACGUGGCUUCUGACAAAGGUUACUUCAUCCAACCUACUGUCUUUGGAGACGUGCAGGACAACAUGACCAUCGCCAGGGAGGAGAUCUUUGGUCCCGUCAUGCAGAUCCUCAAGUUCCACACCCUGGAGGAGGUGGUGGAGCGAGCCAAUGACUCCAAGUACGGUCUGGCGGCGGCCGUCUUCACCAAGGACUUGGACAAGGCCAACUACGUCUCACAUGCCUUGCGUGCUGGCACCGUCUGGAUCAACUGCUACGACGUCUUCGGAGCCCAGGCUCCCUUUGGGGGCUACAAGGCUUCAGGAACCGGCCGGGAGCUGGGAGAGUACGGCCUGGACAACUACACCGAGGUCAAGACGGUGACCAUGAAAGUACCUCAGAAGAAUUCCUGAGCAUGAAGCAGUCAAAUAAAACUUCCUUCAGCAGAUUUUACUCCUUUAAAUGAUUUUGUACUCAAAUGUAUUCAACUUGUACUUCAACUUGUACUUCAACUUGUACUUCAACUAGUACUUCAACUUGUACUUCAACUAGUACUUCAACUUGUACUUCAACUUGUACUUCAACUUGUACUUCAACUUGUACUUCAACUUGUACUUCAACUUGUACUUCAACUAGUACUUCAACUUGUACUUCAACUUGUACUUCAACUUGUACUUCAACUAGUACUUCAACUUGUACUUCAACUUGUACUUCAACUUGUACUUCAACUAGUACUUCAACUUGUACUUCAACUUGUACUUCAACUUGUACUUCAACUUGUACUUGAACUAGUUUGGUCAGCAAUCACACAUGUGACCUCUAGAGUGGCAGACAAGAGUGUCAACAACAACACAACAUCUUCAAGAAAAGUACAACAACAGAAAAUGUUGACUCAUGAUGAAAAUGUAACACACACACACAUUGGAUCACACACACACAUGCACACACACACACACACACACACACACACACACACACAAAGUUGCCAAUGAGAUGAAUAAAGAUGAAUGUGA